AUGUCCUUUGAUACGGAAAGGUUCAUUAGUGAAAUACAGAAUAGACCAUGCAUAUGGAACAUGUCGAGUGAAGAAUACAGCAACAGAGUAUUAAAGCAGAGCAAUUGGAAUAAAGUCGCUGAAAUUAUAUACGAUGAUUGGCAAAACUUAGAAGAAAACACUAAACAAAAAAGAAUAAAAGACCUACAAAAAAAAUGGAAGGGUUUGCGCGACUAUCACACCAGAGAAAAAAAUAAGGAUUCCUCAGUCAAAAGCGGAAGUGGCGCAACAAAAAAACGCAAGACACCAUACUUGGACAUGUUACAGUUUUUAAAUGUUUCUAGAGCUAGCAACCAGACAUCUGGCAAUAUUAGCGCCGAGACGUCUAGCGACAGUAGCGCUAUUUUAGAUGAAAAUGAUCACUGUGUUUCAAGAAGACCAAAAAAGAUGACUGUGUUUCAAGAAGCCCUAAUUAACUCGAUGGAAAAAAAAAGAGAAAACGAUCCAGAUAUGAACUUUCUACUAAAUAUUUUACCGGAAAUGAAGACAAUGUCCCCAACACAGAAUUUUGAAUUUCGGUUCGAAGUGAUGAAAAUUAUUAAAAAUAUAAAAUAUAGUGUACAUAAUAAUUAUGACGGUGGUAUGAUGCUAACUGGAUGGACGAAUGCCUACCAGUACCCACAUCAGUAUGGCUAUGCGAGUGGAAGCAGCAGUACACCAAAUGUGCAAAACUACCCUCGAAACAGUCCAUCACAUAGCUCUACAGGUUCUUCAGCGGAAAUAGAAGACAUAGAAGCAAUAUUGCGAGGCGAUUCAAACCACACUGAAAAUGAGGAAUGACAGGUUACCAACUUAAUGUUACCAUAUAUGUUCUUAAUUCAAUUUAAAUAAUACAGUAACUUUGAAAAGUGAUUGUUAAAUUAAAAACUAUAAAUGCGAAAGUGACUUUGUAUUACAAUAAAAAUAACAUAUUUUUUUAAAAUCCUAAAGCGUUAAUUAUUUACUUACC